AUGCCUAAACGCCGCUUGCCCAGCGACUCUGUGGACGAUGCUCCCCGGAAGAUCCGCAAGGCCAGCACCCAACAAAUGGAGCACCAUGGCAACCUCAUCGAGACUAUUUCUAGUCUGCAAAGAUGCAGUCUCUCACAACCAUCAAAUGAAGUCGAGCCUGGAACGCAGCUACUGACACCAGAUAGAAUCAUGCGGCCCAUCAACGACCAGUCGACCAAUCUCGACGAGCAUUCCCGCUCUGCAAGAACCCAUACAGACAACGGGGCAAAAGAAUCCAGUGAUGAUUCUGAUAUGGAGGAAAGCCUGAAAAGCCCGCGUCCAGAGAGCCUACAAGAAAUGUCCGAUGAAAUCAAGAAACUCAAUAGAAUUAUCAAGGUGAAGGCCCGUGUGUUGAAGUAUUGGAGAGAUUCUACCAUGUGUCUUGAAAAGGAGGUGGAAGACUUGAAGGCCAAAUUGGGAGCUGUUAACAAGGAGUCUGCCCGAACCCGAAGACUACGCUUUCGGAAAAUGUAUGGAGCUCUGUGA